CACCUUCAGUCUUCACAAAACAAAACAGGGGAGAAAGUCCAGCAGAGAGAUAAAAAAUGUCGGGCUCCAAAUUUAUUUUAGUAAUUUCCGCAACCGUAGCUUUACUGGUAUUUGCUUCAUCGGUUUUUGCAGACGACGUCGUUGUCCUCACCGAGGACAACUUUGAGAAGGAGGUCGGCCAAGAUCGCGGCGCGCUUGUCGAGUUCUACGCCCCCUGGUGUGGGCAUUGUAAAAAGCUUGCUCCAGAGUAUGAACGGCUUGCCUCAAGUUUUAAGAAGACAAAAUCUGUUUUGAUCGGAAAGGUGGACUGUGAUGAACAUACAAGUAUCUGCAGCAAAUAUGGUGUUGCUGGAUACCCCGCAAUUAAAUGGUUUCCCAAAGGGUCCUUGGAACCCAAAAAGUACGAAGGUGCACGCACUGCAGAAGAACUUACUGAGUUUGUGAAUUUUGAAGGAGGAACCAAUGUGAAGAUGGCUGCAAUUCCAUCUAAUGUUGUGGUACUAACACAGCGUAAUUUUAAUCAGGUCGUGCUGGACGAAACAAAAGAUGUUUUAGUUGAGUUCUAUGCACCAUGGUGCGGCCAUUGCAAACAACUCGCUCUGACAUAUGAAAACGUUGCAACGGCAUUUAAAUUGGAGGAAGGUGUAGUUAUUGCUAAUCUUGAUGCUGAUAGAUACAGAGAUUUGGCUGAAAAGUAUGGAGUAAAUAGUUAUCCAACUCUGAAAUUCUUUCCAAAGAGCAACAAAGGUGGUGAAGAUUAUGGUGGCGGACGGGAUUUGGAUGACUUUGUGACUUUCAUCAAUGACAAAUGUGGUACUAAUCGUUAUGGGCAAGGGAAGCUUACUUCAAAAGCUGGAAUAGUUGCUGCUUUGGAGAACUUGGUUAAAGAGUUUAUCAGUGUCAGCAAUGACGAGAAGAAAGCAGCAGUCCUUGCCCGAAUGGAAGAAGAAGUAGGAAAGCUUGAGGGUGCCAAUGCAAGAUAUGGCAAGAUCUACUUGAAAGGUGCCAAGAACUGUGUGGAGAAAGGUGCGGACUAUCCCAAGAAGGAAAUUCAAAGGCUUGAACGUAUGCUUGAAAAGUCAAUCAGUGAAGUAAAGGCAGAUGAAUUCACUCUGAAGAAGAAUAUCUUGUCAUCCUUUGCUUGAUCCAUGAUAGGAGAUUAGAAGACACAAGUGAAAUCACAUCCUUAUUUUGCUUGGAAUUGUGGGAGCUUUUCCCGGAAAAGUGCUGUUGUGGUGGACUCAUGACUCACUUUUCAGGUUUUAGCAGCUCAAGGUUUUCUCUCUCUUUUUUUUUUUUUUUUUU